GCUCACAGUUUGGCGGCGCCGCAUUUUUACUUAACUUGAUCAUACUGGGAUUCAAGUGUCACUCCAAUGGAGUCUACUUUUCAAGCAUUCAAGAGACCUUCAUCUAAUGAUUUUGGAGAAAACAAUGCAUUAGUGAGAGGGAUGCAUCAUGAGAAGCAGGAGAAGAAGUUUUGGACACCUUCAGAGGAUUUGAAACUUACAGAGCUCGUGGCUACUUAUGGUGCUAGAAGAUGGAACCGUCUUGCUGAAAAAAUGCAAGGAAGAACAGGUAGGAGUUGUAGAAUUAGAUGGCUUAAUAAGGUAGAUCCAAGGAUCAACAAGACAGCUUUCACUGAUGAAGAAGACGCAAAGAUACUUUCAGCUCAAAGAGAAUUGGGGAACCAGUGGACUAAGAUUGCUAAGCUUCUCCAUAGAAGAACUGACAUUGCCAGACCCUCAUCUAAUGAUUUUGGAGAAAACAAUGCAUUAGUGAGAGGUAUGCAUCAUGAGAGGCCCAAGAAGAAGUAUUGGACACCUUCAGAGGAUUUGAAACUUAAAAGGCUAGUGGCUACUUAUGGUCCUAGAAGAUGGAAUCAUAUUGCAGAGAAAAUGCAAGUAAAAUCAGGUAAGAGUUGCAGAUUCAGAUGGAUUAAUCAGCUUGAUCCAAGGAUCAACAAGACAGCUUUCAAUGAUGAAGAAGAGGCAAAGAUACUUUCAGCUCAAAGAGAAUUGGGGAACAAGUGGUCUAAGAUUGCUAAGCUUCUCCAUAGAAGAACUGCCAAUGCCGUGAAAAAUCAUUGGCACCAACUAAUGAGAAAAACGUCGAAGAAGCAAACAAAAGAGGAAACCAAUAACCUCAUCAAACCAUCAUCAUCAUUACCAUCAGAAGCAAAAGAUACAAUGGAAGCUAGUUAUUUUAAGACUAAUGUCCCCCUGAAGUACAUUGAUUUUCUUGGGGUAGGAGAUUCUUAGAGGAGGAAAUGAUUACAACUUCCUAAUUGUAACCUUAUGCAUAUGAUGAGCACUUUGUGAAACAUCAACAUAACAAAUUAAAGUUGCAUUUUUACAAUCAAUAAAAGAAAAGUUUCAAGAGUGUGUUUAUCUGUUUUCCAGAUUUAGAAUUUUAAAUAUAGUCCAUCGUAAAUU